CUAUGCUUAUAUUCUAUUUUUUAUUUUGUUUUAAGUAUACGUUUUUCUAACUCUGUCAAUUGUAAUUCCUUGCCAUGUUUUUCUUGAUUUUUUUCAAUUAUGCUAUCAGCUCGGUAUUUCUUUUCGCAUCAGAUUUCGUUAUCUAUUAAGGAAUAAACUAAAAUUUCCUACCGAGACUAAGGCAGAUAUUAAUAACUAAUAACAGAGAGGAUCCUCUCUGCUAAUAAUUAACUUGAUGAACGGCGAUGCGCGCGAGAUAAGGACUCCGUGCGCCGAUCAGCUGACUGGAGGUAUUUCCAUUCGAAAGUUCGAAUGACAGUUCACAUUGCUGUCCCGGAGCGGUGUACGAAUCUCACGUAGGGACUAGUGGCCGUCGACAAUUGUUCGCGGAGACGGACGGGACGAACCACCUCCGAUUAUCGCGCGAGAAUGACACAGGAGUUGUCCGGUGUGACCAUAGUGAUAUUUAUAGCAGCGGGCGUUUUGACGAUAUUAUUACUAUUUAUCUUCGCGAAGCGGCAGAUCAUGAGGUUCGCUCUGAGGUCCCGUCGAGGGCCUCACAUUCCCAUAGGACACGACGCGAAAAAGUCCCUGAAGAAGGAAAUAGAGAGGAGAAUAGAGGUGAUACCGAGGAUCCAGUACGAGCCGCAACUGAUCGGCGAUCCUAGGUACAUUUUGACUCCGGGGGGACAAGCUCCACCGCACUAUUACAGACUGAAAGCGGUUGACGACGUUAAGACCUUAGAGACGGAGAUCACGAGGUACGACAAUUGUCUGAAGAGACACCCUUCGGAGAAUCUGAGGGCGUACCUGCUCACCACACUCGCUACGCCGUUGAACGGCAGCGGCCAGCGUUUAAUUCAUCAAUUCUGCGAUUUGUACGAACACGCGAGGCACGACCCUACCGAGUUCGGUGACGAGGAGUACCAAGUUUACACUCGCCUGUUCCUGAAGUUGAUGGAUGCGGCACGUUUAUUGAAGUCAUAUCCGAGCAGCAGGAAGUCCAGCCCCAGUCGCACGCCGAUCAAGAAGAACGUGGAGACGAAGAGGAAUAUCCUCGAGCCCAGGAUGCGUCCGCCCGAGGAGCAAAUCCUGACUGGUACGAGACCCAAUACUCUAACGGUGAUGACGUUAGACAACAGCGAGACGUCCGUGUAGCAUUAUGAGUGCCGUCACAUACAACAUAUGUGACGAGGAAAUUGUAGAUAGCUACACGACGCUAAGGUAAUUUAUAUUUAAAUUAUGCGCAACACGGUACGUCCAAUUUAGUUAGGAAUUAUUAAUAUGCAUUUUUUUUACUUUUUAUCAAUGAAUGCACCUAAGCUCGCCAUUCUCCAUUCAAGUUGCGUAUCGAACGAACAUGUAAUUUUGUAUACAACGAGCAGGCAUACCGUUUCUUUCUGUGAUUUGUUUGAUAUUCGUAUGAAGUUACAUUUAUACAAAGUCAGCCUUAUGAAAUAGAAUUUUCGCGCGAUCUUUGCACCGCUUGUAAAAUAUUUUAACAAAUACUGAUGUACAUAAGAAGUAAUGGUGUUUAGAAAUCGCCGAAUUAGAAAAAAAUUAGCGUGGUAGACCAGAGAUCUUUUUAAAGCGUCCAUUCUCGUCACGUGUAAUUUCUUCAGGUGAUAAUAGCGCUAAGUAAAUAAUCGUACAUUAUCUCUUCCCGAUUGACUCCGCAGAUAAUUUAAUAGUGAAAUUUACACAUGCUCGCGGUCGCAUAUAGAUCUACAUAUCUCUAACGAUACAUUCAGAACAAUGUUUACAGUAAUUAAAAGAUGAUAGAAGAAAGUUGUUCUCUUUCCUCUUUUUUAAAUGUUUAUCUUUUAAUUAACGAUAACGGAUUAGCAUAUCUUUUUCUACACGUCACUGUUUUAACAUAGAAAUUUUUGACAUUUUAACGAAUUUUGAGUGUUAAUCACGCGAUAAGGACCUAAGUGUACAUACCUAUCGAAGCUUGUAUAAUAAUCGUUAUUUUAUUAGUAUUUAAGGUAUAGACAUUAAAGUAGGACAUUAAAAUCAGGUGUAUUAACAGUUGUUCAUUACAAUUGUAAGAUUUUAAUAUCGUUAAUGAAAUUCAAGGCUGAGUAAUACAAGUAAGUGAAUCAG